GCUUUUCCCGCUGUGCUUUGGAUGCAAUGAAAGUGGACCGGGCUUCUAGUGGUGCCGCCGCGCAGAUGUCGCCGGACUUCCGGCUGUACCUGAAGGAGCAGCGCGUCGCUACCUUCUCCCAGUGGCCCUUCGUUUCUGAUUGUUCCUGCACUCCCGACCGGAUGGCAGGAGCUGGAUUCAUUCACUGCCCUAGUGAGAAUGCACCUGAUGUGACCCAGUGUUUCAUAUGCUUUAAGGAGUUGGAAGGAUGGGAGCCUGAUGACGACCCCAUGGAAGAGCACCGUCGACACUCCCCCAACUGUGCGUUUCUUGCACUCCAGAAAGAUAUAUCUCAGCUGACACUACAAGAGCUUUUGAAACUCAGCAAAGAAAGAAUGAUCAAUAUGAUUAAAAAGGAAGUUAACCAGAAAAUUACUGAAUUGGAAAACCAUACCGAACAUAUCCGUAACGAAAUACAGUCACUGAUUUCCUAAAGCUCUUUUGUGUUCCAGUGCUGUGCACUUACUCUUUUCUGACCUUUUCAAUGGCCUGAGCAAAGACAGAAAUGAAAUUGUUUCGUGACUGUUCUUCAGUCCAAGGAUUAUCUGUAUUUUAUGUUCAUGGAUUUACUUUCCCAUUUCUUCUUAAUAAAUGUUAACAUGUUUUCAA